AUGUCCAAGGCAAAGCUGUUGGCCGCUCUGGAAAACAAUACCGACGAACACAUCUCCCUUCUACAAGAACUUAUCCGUGCUCCUUCGCCAAAUCCACCAGGGGAUACUCGUGCAGCGGCAGACAUUCUUCUGAAGUUUCUGCAAAAGAAAGGAAUCGCCGCCAACAUCGCUGCUUCUAUCCCAACUGCACCUAAUAUUGUCAGCGAAUUUACUGGUCAGAGAUCUAGAAAUACAGGGGAGGCUCGUCGUCUUAUUCUCAAUGGUCAUAUUGAUGUUUUCCCUGCUGGUGAUGAAUCAGGCUGGACACGCAACCCAUGGUCCGGGGAUCUUGAUGAUUCUGGAUCCAUUUAUGGCAGAGGGGGCGUGGACAUGAAGGCUGGCACUGCAGCGUUGAUCAUCGCUUAUACGUACCUCUUUGCCCAUCGCCAUCUUCUUCGAGGCAAUGUCAUUUUAAGUGCAGUUUCUGAUGAAGAGACUGGAGGUCGACACGGAAGUAAAUGGCUAAUUGACAAUGAUCCGGAUUAUUGGCGCGGUACCUGCGUGUUGAAUCCAGAGCCUACUUCCUUGAAGACGAUUCGUUUUGGGGAGAAAGGCACGUUGCGAUUAACUUUCACAGUACGUACACUAGGGGCACAUGGAGCAUACUUGCAUCAAACAAAAGGUGCUAUUCGGACAGCAAUGCCCCUUAUACAAGAUCUUAUUUCAACAGUGGAAUCACUUCGUCCGAAUCUUCCAUCCUCACUAGCAUCGUAUCUUUCCCGGACUGAUGUACGUGCAGCAAUAGAUGAGGCAUGUGGACAAGGUGCGGCUGAUAUUAUUUUGAUUCCCACGGUGAAUAUUGGAACUAUUCGAGGCGGGGUUAAAGUAAAUAUGAUACCUACCGAUUGUGUCUUCGAAACCGAUAUACGUCUUCCAAUUGGCUUACCUAGCCCGACAGUGAUUGACAAGAUCAACGAAGUUCUAACACGCCAUCCACAUGCAACUCUCGCUGUUCAAGAAGCUGCUAGCAAUCCAUCGAACUAUUGUGCACACGACCAUGAAAUGGUCCGCAUUCUAGCUAAGAAUGCGAAAGCUGUCGCGGGAGUUGAUGACGAGCCUGUUGCAACGCUGUCACUUGGCGCCACGGACGGCAAGUUCUGGCGUUAUAUGGGAGUCCCCGUAUAUGAAUAUGGCGUAUCACCUAAAGGAAUGGGUGCACCAGAUGAGAAAGUCAAAGUGGAGGAGUUUCUCGCUGUAUUACGCACCCUGUUGUUAUCAGCUUGGGAUUAUCUUGGUGGAGAGGAAUAA